GCAGAGUCUGUCCUGCUGCCCUGCUAUCUGUUCUACCUGCAGAAGGAUGUUACAGUAAAGUGGACAAACGAAGAUGGAAUAACGGUUCAUGUGUAUCCAAAAGGUCCCGAGGGGCCUAACAAACAGCAUAAGACUUAUAAAGAAAGAACAAAGAUGAAUGACAACCUGCUGAAAUUUGGAGACCACAGUCUGACCAUAAGAUACCCUUCAUACAGAGACAGAAACACCUACACCUGCUCCAUCAUCAACAGGAGAGGAGAGGAACUGAUGAAGAAGCAGGUGAUGCUGAAUGUCAAAGUCACGAAGGUGAAGGUGGAGUCUGGAGCAGAGUCUAUCGAGCUGCCCUUUAAAACCGAUGCUAACCUUCCUGAAGAUGCUAAAGUGGAAUGGAGGGACAAAGAAAACUGGACAGCCCAUGUGUUUCAGGACGGUGCUGACAAGCUUCAACAGCAGAGCUGGUACUACAGAGGAAGAACAGAAAUGAGGCCCAAUGCUCUGAAAGAUAAAGACCUCAGUUUGGUAGUGAAACAUGCAACAGAAUCAGACUGCCUCACCUGCACCGUUUACAGCACGGAGGGGAAAAUCCUUCUGCGGGGAGAGGUUCUCCUUCAGGUCAAAGCUCAUAAGGAGGUGGUGGGACCACAACAAAGUGCUGUUGAACUGGUUUUUAAAACUGAAAGAAAGCUGGAAUGCAAGGAUAUUAAGGUAGAGUGGAGGAACAGAAAGGACAGGAAGGUCUAUAGAUAUCCUAGUUCAGACCAGUCUGAAGAACAGUUCUAUUCCUACAAACACCGAACAGAAAUGAAGGAAGGCCAGAUAGAAAAAGGAGACUUCAGUCUGGUUAUACACUUUCCCACUGACUGUGACAAUGACAUCUACACCUGCAAGGUCUACAGAGGGGAUGGAACCAUCCUGAUGAAGAAACGAGUGGAGCUACAUGUCAAAGACCAUCAGGUGGAGGUGGAGGACGGCUGUGUCACGCUUCCUUUCAAGACUAAAACUGAUCUUCUGAAUGAGUCCAGAAUCGAGUGGUUGCUAGUUGAACCCACGUAUAGAAUAGUCCAUGUAGUAGACAACAGGAAGAGUGGAUCUGAACAAUCUGAAGAACAACAGCCAAAUAGAAAGGGAACCAAGAUGAAUGAAAACCUGCUGGAAACUGGAGACCUCACUCUGACCAUGGAAGACAUCACAGAGGAUGAUUGUGGGAAAUAUAAAUGUGUAAUCUUUGGAAAGCAGGGAAUGAUCCUGCAAGAGAAAACUGUUCAAGUUCUAAUGACCGGGAUGAAUCAGCUCCAGAACGAAAUGGCCCCCCUUAUCGACCAAGUUUGAUUAACCAUCUUUGAUUACUGGGGACACCCAACUAACAAGACUAGUUGCUUGGAAACAUUUUCGAAGAUUUCUUCCUAUUGCAGAUGUUUGUUCUCUGCCUGGCAUUAUAAAACUUAUAACAACUCUCAGUCAACCUCCAUUUUUCCGUUUUGCUAACAUGGAAAUCCCUGUUAAUUGUGCCCUUUAUGUUAUGAAAUGUACCGGGAAUCUCUGACCCUGGCUACAGAGGUAGAUCACUGUCACCAUAACUACUAAACAUCUGCACCAUGAAGCUGGGAUUUGUCUGGCUCUAAUAAGAAAGAAUACGAAGGUUCUUCUCUUUCCUCUUCGGAUGA